CUGACUUGGCAGGUCUUCAACGAUGAAUCCUACAUCAAACGCUGCGUCGAAGCCGAGGCCGCCCUCGCCCGCGCCCAGUCCAAGUGCAACGUGAUCCCCGCCGAGAUUGGCGCCCUGGUGACGCAAAAGGCCGACGCGUCCAAGCUCGACCUCGAGCGCCUGCGCCGCGAGACCGAGAUCGUCGGCUACCCGAUCCUGCCGCUCGUGCGCCAGCUGUCGGCCCUCUGCGGCGACGAGGCCGGCAAGUACGUGCACUGGGGCGCCACGACGCAGGACAUCAUGGACCUGGCCAGCGUGCUGCAGAUGAAGCAGGGCCUGGCCAUCGUCGAGCGCCUGCUCCGCGACGUCAUCCGGACGCUGCGCGGGCUCGCUGAGAAGUACCGCGACACCC